AUCGUGAGUUGAGUGCAAGCGAUUAAGGGGGAAUCAUGGGGGUGAGAGUCUUCCGUGCGGAAAACGCACGAUGUGAUUAAACUGUCGCAAUUUUUCCCAAAUUGAGUGCAGAGAAGCAAUUUUUUACCUAGCCGGUCAGUACUUAGGUAAUACACAAUUGUGUUCUUCGUCAGAGAGUGGAAAAAUGGAGGAGCACGACAACUGCGAUUUGACAAUUACAUUUCAGGAGCCAAAGAAGAAGUUUUGGCUGCGAUCAAGAAAACGGCCAAAAAGCGAUGCUAUCAGUAUCAGUUCCAUGGACACAUCCCUUGACUCCACUUUGAGCAAGAGGAAGAAGCGUAGAAAAAUAUCAGAGGUGGCCAGUAGCUUUUUUUCAUCUGUGAGCAGCAAAUCACACGACAGAACCAUCAAUGCUUCCGAAGCCUCAUUUUCAGAUGUUGAACCUACUUCUGCCAAAAAAAAGAUGAGAACGAGUAAUGAGUUUGCUGGUAAUAUUGCGGUAAGAAGCUGGAUGAUCGAUGUCGCUGAAUUGGACAUUGUUUCAACUUUGAGCAGAAGGGAAAUCAAAAGACAGGAGGCCAUUUAUGAAUUAUUUUGUGGCGAAAAUGUGCUGUUAAAUGACUUAUGCAUACUCAGAGAUUUUUACUAUCAACCACUCCAGACAACUAGUUUAUUCACUGACCAAGAGUUGGAGACUGUGUUUGGAGAUGUAUCCAAAUUUAUUCUGAUUCAUGGAAAACUCCGAGAUGAGAUGGUAGAGCUUAGAGACAGAUCAGGAUUUACCGAGUGUUUAGGGCCAACUUUCGUUGAUUGGCUUGCCCAGUUAAAAGACUUAUACGUGGAUCGUUGUAGGACUCAAGUAUGGGCAAGACAUAUCUUGGAAUCAAAAAAGUUGUGUAAGCGUUUUCAAGACUUUUUAAAAAAGAAAUCUGAAACACUGAGGUCCACCGAUUUGUGGACUUACCUGGAUGUACCACGCUCGAGAAUAGUCAAGUAUCCUCUCCUUGUGACUGAAAUUUUACGACACACUCCUGGAGGUCAUGUGGACGAAGCUGCUUUAAAAAUAGCUAAGGAGUUAUUGUCCGAUCUACUGAAAGACAUUGAUCUAGCUAUGGGUGAUGCAGAAUGUAAAUUAGCGAAAACGCGGAUAAAUGUUCGGUCAGACUAUGAUUCUAACAAAUGUAUUGAAACUGCCACAGAUUUAAUAACUGAGGGUUAUCUAAAGGACUCGAAAGGAACGAAAUUCUACUGUUUCCUGUUUAAUACGUGUUACGCUAUAACCAAAUCAAACAGACGCCCCAAUUCCAAAUAUAAUUUGUGCUUCCCAGUCAUACCUCCAGACCAGUUUAGUAUACAAAUAGUAACUCCAAACAAAGCUCCAGCAAGCUUCAAAGUUGGAGAUCACGUUCUGUUUUGCGGCGACGAGCAUCACAGACGACACUGGCUAGAUUCUUUUAAACGUCUUUCACAGCCCAGAUUCGAGUCUCGACGAAAACAGACUGCAGUGCUAAACGGCAAGGGUAAAGAAAAUGAACCAGAAGUUCCUGAAUGCAUCAAAAACGAAAUCGAUCGAUGGUCCAAGAACAACGACGACGGCUACUUUACGAUUUCUUUAAGAAAGACGUUAUUGAGGCACGCCAGAAACAGUAUCGACAAUACGUAAAUUAAUUAAAAUG